UUUUGGCCUCUGCUCUUUAUCCCCUCUCCAAUACGCCUCUGCUCUCUCUUCCCGCCCCCUUGCCUUCCCCAUUCUCUCUCCUUCCUUGCCCUCCCCCAUACUCUCUUUCCUAAAAAAAGCAGGAGCCUCUGCUCUCUCCCCGCCCCUUGUGUUCCCCAUUCUCUCUCCUUCCUUGCCCUCCCCCAUACUCUCUCUCUUAAAAAACGUAGAGCCUCUGCACUCUAUCCCCAUCGCUAGGGGGUGCUUGUCUCCUGAAUUGCACCAUUGCUUUGUAAAAGCUCUGCAACAAUUCGGUGGAUCUCUAGGUACUCACAAUCAAACUUGAGUCCUUUUUUAUAGGUACAUUAAGUAUAUGGAAACUCCUCCAAAUGAGACCAUGCUUGUAGAGGGCUUUGUUUCAAUUGUAGAAAACCCAUUAGAAAGAGUUCCUAGUGAUGUAGUUCCAUACCAUGAAAAAAUAUUUUCGAGUCAUGAUGGUGCUUAUGAAUUUUACAAGAGUUUUGCCAAGGCAUGGGGGUUUUCACUGCGUCGUCAACAAACAAUUGGAAAAGAAGGUGAUGGCAAUGGAACUACUAGAAGAUAUUAUGUUUGCCAUAAGGAUGGCCAUUUGACAAACAAAGAAUUGUUUGCAAAUAAAGGAGAAAGAGAUCGAUCAUCAAAGAGAUGCAAUUGUGGAGCGGAUAUGAGUAUCGCAAAAGUCAUGGAUUAUGAUAUUUCUUAUUGGCGUGUUGUAACCUUUGUUAAUUUACGCAAUCAUGAUGUUCUCGAGCCACAAGUUAGAUUUUUGCCUGCUUAUCGUAAUAUUUCAGAAAGCUACAAGCUACAUAUUCAACAAUUUUCCAAAGUUGGUAUAUGUGUUAGAGAUAUGAUGUGGUUGUUAGAAAUAGAGAGAAAUCUUAAACCAGGGGAAUUACCAUUUCUAGAUAAGGAUAUGUAUAACUUUGUAUGUGCUACGAACAAUGCGAACCGUGACAAUGAUGCUCAUAUUCUCUUAACAAAAUAUAAGCAAAUUAAGUAUGAUUUUACAGUAAGGGAAGAUAACAGGUUGGAGCAUAUUGUUUGGUCUCAUGGUUCUUGUUCUCAUGCGUAUGAGAUCUUCGGUGAUGUAGUAGUUUUCAAUACAACUUACCGGUCAAAUGGUUACUCUAUGCCAUUCGGCAUUUGGGUAGGUGUAAAUAACCAUGGUGACACUUGUUUGUUUGGGUGUGUUCUAUUACGAGAUGAAAGAGUUCAAUCUUUUUCAUGGGCAAUGAAGACAUUUUUAGGUCUAAUGAAUGGAACGAUGUCACAAACAAUCCUAACUGAUCAAGACUUGGCUCACAAAGUAGCAAUCUAUAAGGAACUCCCCAACACUAAGCAUGCAUUUUGUAUAUGGCACUUAUUAUCAAAAUUAUCUGGCUGGUUUUCCCUCUUCCUUUGUAAAAGAUAUAAUGAGUUUGACACCGACUUUUACAAGCUAUAUAACCAUGAGUCCAUUGAGGAUUUUGAAGAAGGGCACAUCAAGAAAGAGUGCCGGAAGCUCAAGAAAGAUCAUAAUGAGGACAAUGCGAAGAUUGAUGGCAGGGAAACCAUUGUAGUGACUAUAGAUGUUGGUAUGGUAAAAAACCGUGGUGCAUCUAUAUUGCAUCAGAUGGGGAACAACGGUUCCUCAAAGAUUGUGGGUAAGGGAGAUGUACACAUCAAGAAUGAUGUUAGGAUGAAGCUUAUGCUAAACGACGUCAAACGUUUACCAGAUACCUGUUUGAACCUCAUCUCAAGAGGAUGUUUAAAUGAUGAAGCGUACCACUCAGUGUUCGGGAAGGGUAUUAUUCACUCUACAGAACACAAGUGCAAGUCUCCAAUAGAAAAGUUAAUGCCGCUAUGGAAGAACCUUCAGUAG